AUGAGUGUGCAGCAGACAGCAAGAGCCGCGGCGGAAUCGCAUAAGGCUCGUGACUGGGCCACAUCACUCAUCAAUAGAUUUGAAGAACAGCUGCCAUACAAAGCUGGAUUGAAACCAGUACACACGCGACUGAACGCUGAAGAUCUUAAGCUCAAUCUGGUGCAAAUAUCACGGCACCGCUUUUCGGAAGUGGUGCUGAAGUUGGUCGAAUUUUUAAAACGUACUCGUGACGGCUCGACUGACUCGAGCGGCAGAGUAGUGUUUCAACAGCGACAGUACUACGAGUCAGCAAUAAUGCUACUUGAAGCAAUGUGGCGUUGUCUCGACCAGCAUGAGCCCGAGAACAUUAGUAGGCACGACAUAACUGUCGUCAAGGACAAACUACUGCCUGAAAUCUGCCAGAUUCUUCGAAUUACAACUGAUUACCCCCCGAAUAUGGAAGUGAGAAACCUAGCGAAAAAGGUCACUUAUUCUCUAAGUUCAAGUUUUUUCGCCUCUAUUUAUGGUCGCAUCAGCAGUCGACUCACCGAUCUGUGCAAAGAUGACAAUCAGGAAUAUACUGACAUUGAACUUGUUCAAUACCUCAAUUUAAAAGUUGAUUUUCUCAUCAAGUUUUUAAAAAUCACGAUCGAUAAAGUACAGCUAAUUGAUAAGACCCAAAAAGACGUGUUUUUGAAGAGGUCGGCGCUUUCAGUUUGGCUCAGCUGUCUUGAAAAGGCGAUUAACAACUGGAUGGAGAUGUACCCCCAAGAACUUGCGCAAAUUCAGAAGAUACCUAACGAUGAGCUUGACGUCACGUGUAGCCAACUUUUUGACAUCAUUGAGCCUUGGACGAAUCAGAAGAAAGGCCAGACAUUAACCGAGUCCCAGUGCCGAACUCAUCCCGCUCUUGAGCGUAAGUGGAACUUCUUCAGCCGGUUGUUGUGCGAUCUCGGUGAUUCAAGCCGGAUCUACACCAUAGCAGGUAUAAAGCUAUGCAAGGCUAUUACGUACAUCGAGCCAGGACACCACUCCGCUUUCCACAAGCAGGUUGAGAACAAGCAGCAACUCAUCUCGGGUCAGCUUUUUGGGCCUGAAGCGCGCAGCUUUUUCUCCUCCAAGAGCCCGAGCAUCCUUGAUCUUGACAUCAUGACUGACUGCUACCUUAUCUGUAUGCGGCUCAAAGCCAACGUUGAUGGGAUUUUCCAUACUUGCAUGAGCGAGCGCUCACCUGUCAUCUACCAAUUCGUUCUUGUCAGCUCGUUAUACAAAAUGGUAAGCAAACCUCAACUGUCCUGGUGGCCAAAGAUUAACUCUGUUUAUUUGAGGAGCUAUCAGCUGCGUAAUUUAUUUUCUAAUAUAGUAAGGAAACUUGGCUACACUCUCUUUCCAAUGAAAGUUGGUUCAGGUACAAAGAGCAAAGGAAAAGAUCGCAGUGAGGAGAUGUCGAUCUAUAACAACAUAAUGGUACACUUGGUACGACUGAUUCGGGAAGAGCCAAUGCUUGUGUUAUACAACGACGGUAACGAAAAAUGCAAGUCAACAAUGAGUUUGUUUAAGAGUUUGACUGCAGUCGCUUUGACCUCACCUGCUAUUGAUGUAUCGCGUGAAGCUCAACAGGCCCUUCUCGUGCUUCACAAACUCGAUAAAAUACGGGAAUGGUAUCCGGAGGAUUCGAUUAACAUGUUUUGGGACGUGAGCUACGAAAUUCUCAUGGCAGUAUCAAGAAACUUAGCUGUUCGCAGGACUGGUCGAGACAGAGACUUACUUAAAUGGCUUCGCAACCUGUUUAGCUGUCGUAAUGUCUUUAUGGCAAAACAUACGAAUUACUGCAGUGUACGUCUCCAAAAAGAGCCGAAAAGGUUAAUCGAAAUGACUACCAAAAUCGAGGUUUCAUUGUUUAUACAGUUGUGGAACAUUGAUAUGGAGUCUGUGCUAAUGGCGAUAUCAUGUUUCCUGAUGCUCUGCGAGGAGGCUGAAAUAUGCUGUAGUAGCGACGAAGUCACUACAAUACUGCCCAAUUAUUACUUUUACUUGGAACUGUCAAAAACUUUAACAUUAUUUACCACUGGCCAGAAGGACUUACAGGACCGAAUAUUGUCUUUGCUUGGAAAAAUAGAGCACUGUAGCUCUUGUUUACAACAAGCUUGGGAACAGACAUUUAAAUACUGGCUAGAAGCCAUAGAUAAAAUUGGAGAGGAUGGACAGACCGAAAUGACGCGCAGUGCAGCAAAGCGACGCACCUCUCAGCAAAGCUUAGAAAAUGAGGUCGAAGACCGUAUCAAUGAGUGGGCCCAUAUGACAGGCUUUUUGUGUGCCCUUGGUGGCAUUUACCUCUUAAAAAGCAGUCUUCAUACGCAACAGUACCAGUAUGUCAAAGAAUUUAUAUCCAAAUUGCUACAGCAGCUUAUGAACACUGAGAAGAGCAACGAGCAGAUAAACAGGCACAUACCUGAAUUCAUAGAAUUCCAAAUGAGUUUCUCUCUUUAUCCAGUUCUCUUCAAAUCGAUCCAAACGUACGUCAGUAAGUUCUUUGACGAUCAGAAUCAAGUUCAGUUGUCGGAUGCCAAUACGCAGUUUAUCGAACACGCAAUCUUUAUUAUGAAAUGUAUCCUUGACAAAAGCGAACAGCAAUCCGAGUGCCAGGACAUUAUUAAUAUUGAAAUCACGACGCUCCUGACGGUACGCUACGUGCGAUACAUCGAAACUUCGCAGGGCAUUAUCAUCAAGAUAAAGCUGUGCCAAUUUGUGGAAGUAAUGAUCAAGCGCCGCGAUUAUCUGAGGUUUAGGCAGGAGAUUAAGUUUCGAAAUAAACUGAUUGAGUACCUAUCUGAAUGGGUUAUGGGCACGAAAAAUAUAUUAAUGCCUCCUCCCACAACAUUUUCUCUUACAUCUGACUUUAGAAAACUUGACAUGGCAUGCAUGCGAACGAUAAGCUUAUUGCUCUACAAUUUACCGCUACACCUGGAAGACUCAGAUGGUGGUGACAUGGUCCAAGCAAAAACACAUUUCUACUUGAAGUAUUUUACGCUCUUCAUGAAUCUGUUAACUGACUGCAACGAAGCGCUGUCUGAGCAAAAAGAACAACUGACUAAACAGCACUUCGAGGCCGCUGACGAACUCAACACUUUAAGGGACUAUACCAUACAGGCCAUGAGCAAUUUAUUAAGCGCGAACAUCGACUGUGGUCUCUUGAAUUCAAUUGAUUUUGGCUACGCUCGUGAGUUGGAGACGCGUGCGGCCUUCCUGGAGGUGUUGACUAAGAUCUUGCAGCAGGGCACUGAGUUUGACAUGUUGGCCGAGACGUCACGAGCAGAGCUGCACAAGCAGAUUGUUCAGUUGGUGACGAUGAUCAGUGACAAGGGAGAGUUGCCGAUCGCCAUGUCACUAGCCACCGUCGUCCGGGCCGACGAGAUGGACGAGCUCGCCCGCGUUCUCGUUAAUGUCUUUGAGUCAAAGCACCUUCUUUCCUCGCUGCUCUGGAAUAUCUUCCACCGCGAGGUCUCCAGCUGUGAGAAUGUACAGACGCUCUUUCGUGGCAACAGUCUUGGCACCAAAAUCAUGUCCCUUUGUUGCCAGUUGUUUGGUGCAGAGUAUCUGCAAAAGCUCCUUAAUCCUUUAAUAGCGCCAAUGCUCGAGGACAAGUUAACGAGCUACGAGGUCGAUCCGGCCAAGCUUGAGUCCGGUUCUGAUAUCGAGCGCAAUCGCAGCAAUCUCAUCAAGCUUACAAAUGAGGUCUUUGACAAGAUCGUCAGCUCUGUAGACAGCUUUCCACCAAAUCUUCGAAUGAUGUGUCACUGCUUGUAUCAAGUGUUGUGUAAGAACUAUCCUUCUGCACCUCAGAAUACAGGUACCGUUGGUACAAUACUGUUUUUGCGGUUCAUAAACCCGGCAAUUGUCUCGCCCCAGAAAUUUGGCAUUGUCAAAGUGGAUGAGUUGCCGCACAACGUACAGCGUGGCCUCAUGUUCAUGUCAAAAAUCCUACAGAACAUUGCGAACCGUAUCGACUUUAACAAAGAACAACACAUGGUGUACUUCAAUAAUAUGCUCCGAAAGCACCAGGACAAAGCCCACUACUUUUUUAUACAAAUAUCCAAGGACGUCGAGACCAACACGCAGGCAGACGAGUCCGAAACAUACGUCACUGAGCCUAACCACGCAGCUCUCCACAGACUACUGUACACACACCAGGAGGGCAUUAAUAAUUAUUUAAGUAGUAGUCGCAAUUACGGCAAGGAUGUUGGCAGGAGGCCUUUUGACAAACUUGCCAUUCUACUAGCGCAUCUUGGCGAACCACAGCCUAAAUCGGCUGAUUUAGAUUUACUUUUUCCAAACAACACGGCAUGGAUUAAAAGUGAAAAAUUUUUUAAAAACAUUGAAGAAGCUGUAAAAAAACUUGACCCACGCGAAAUGGAGCAAUAUAAAAGCCUUAAGCAAAUAAAUAUUUUUUACGAAAGUGGAAUCAGCAAAAAAAAGUACCCAGUUUUUUACUAUAUUGCCCGGAGAUAUAAAGCCGUUGAUAUGAACAUCAAUCUACUCUACUUGCAUGUGAUGAUAACCCUACAGUCAUGUUGGGACUUGCCAUUUGAGCUAGUAGUGGAUCUCACUCACGUCAGCCCUCAGAACCGCUUUCGUUUCGAAUACAUGGAAAAGUGGCUGAAAAUAGACGUAGGUCUCAAACGCAACCUCGUGGGUGUGUACUUCUACAACUGUAACAGCUUUGCUCGUGACUUUAUAAAGUUUCAUGGUCUCGGCAAGAAUCUCGGAGACAAAGUGCACUUUGUUAACGAUACCAAAAAAUUCGAGGAGUUUAUUGAAAAAGAUCAGCAACGACUGCCUGGUGCUACUGUAACUCUCAACAAUGAUCUCACGAUUUUCACGAAUGCUUUGAAACUCGCGAAUCGAGAUACAAAGGUGACGAUCAAGGUUGGACCUAGUACCGUACAAGUCACCGAGAAGACGAAGAUCUUGGGCCAAUUGGUGUACGUCAAUGACGUGUAUUACGUCUCUGAAAUCGAUAGAGUCAUGGUCGUUGAUGACAAUCAGUUUACGCUUACAAAGAGCGACGAGUCGCUAAAUUUUAUACACAAUGAAUGUGAAUCCAUUAUUCAGGCGGUUAUGCACAUCCGUAACAGGUGGGAGCUUUCGCAGCCCGAAGCAGUGCGAGUGCACCCGAAAAUCCGACCAAAAGACGUACCAGGCACCCUGCUUAACAUGGCCCUUUUAAAUCUGGGCAGCUCGAACCCGAUCGUUCGCUCAGCGGCUUACAACCUAUUAUGUGCUCUUACUACCACUUUCAAUCUAAAAAUAAAUCAGCAGCUGCAUAUCACAUCGGGUCUUUGUAUACCCUCAAACAAUACAGUCUUUAUCAAACGAGUGAGCGAGAUUCUCGCUGCCAAAGACUCGCACCUCACCCUCCAGUUCCUGGAGGAGUGCAUCCAGGGCUUCCGUGUCUCCUGUACUGAACUGAAACACCUCUGCCUUGAGUACAUGACACCCUGGUUAAAUAACCUCGCUCGUUUGUACAAGCCCAGUGAAGAGUCGGGAGGACGUCAAAAGCAAGUUAAUUUGAUACUAGAGAAGCUCAUCACUUUGACCAUUGAAGAGGUCGACAUAUUACCCAGCAUAGAGACAAAGAUCUGGAGCACUAUUGGCAAGCUCACGGAGCUGAUCGAUCCAGUGCUCAAGAACUUGAUCCAAAGAAGUUUGCGUUACGGCAUCAACUCGCCUAUGGUUGAGGUGAUGGCUAACACAACAGUAGCCUUAGCAUCAAGCAACGUCGAGCACGUGUCUGACCGAGCGAUAAAACUUCUCGAGAAAGUCAUCAAAAGCACCGCGACGACCCCAACGACGCAGCUUGAGCAAAAUGCUAAGUGGCCAGAAAUCGCUAUUCAUGUACGCCACCUCGUCAUGCUAUCGUUCAAUAACUGCCUUGAUGUCGGCAAGCAUCUGCCUAAACUCUUUCACAUAGUCACUCUGCUGGUCUGCUCCGGAAGCCUGACCAUGCGAGCUUCGGUCUACGGUCUCGUCAUUAACGUUAUUCACUCGCUUUGCACCUGCUCUUUGCCGUCCUUCUCCGAGGAAACAUAUAAGGUGCUCAAGAUGAGCUUAGACGGGUUUUCGCUGCCCAAGUUUCUUAAGCUAUUUGGAAUUAGUAAUGUCAAGUCUGCGACAGUAAACGCUUUCAGAUCCAACCACCAUAAUGUGCAAGAGUCUUGGUUCAAUAGCGAACGGAUCGAAAUUAGUCAAGACUAUGAUAAGUUUUUGCUGACAAAUCUCGAAAUAGUCACUGAUACCAUGCUCGAAGUCACGGAGGCGUGCAUUCGCGACAUGCAAAGCUUGAGGUGGCUAGACGAAUGGACCGAUCUUGCUAAGAACUUUGCCUUUUCGCACAAUCGGGCGCUCAAACCGCGUGCACUUAUCGUAUUUGGUUGCAUUAGUAAGAUUGCAAAGGACGAAGAUGUCAGGCUGCUACUAAAUGAGUUUGUUAAUGCUCUUGACCGUUUUGAUAUCAUGUUGCUUGAGGCUAUCGUCAUUUGUUUCACUAGACUUGAGCCUAUACUGGACAAGAAAUCAUCCAUGCACCGAUACUUAUUCUGGGUUGCCCUGUCUAUGCUCCAAAUGGAAAAUGCAUCACUUUACUCCUCAGGUUUAGCACUACUUGAGCAAAAUCUGCAAAUAUUGGACUCAUUCGAUCAGUUUCAUAAGGAUCUAAGCCUUGAACAAGUUAUUAUGGAGAUACGCGAGCCUCUUGAAAACCAGUUUAACUGGCUUGAUACCAAGCUUGGCCUUUCCUUCAGAUCGAAUUUUCAUUUCGCAUUGGUCGGCUAUUUGCUCAAGGGUUACUGGCAUCCGAACCCAACAACAGUCACGCGUAAUGCGCGCGUUCUUAACAUGCUAUUACACAUCGUUGCUAAAUCUAGUAACAAGAGGGACCAGUUUAAAGUUACACCCCAGAAUGUGGCAUAUCUUGCUGCUCUGAUACCAGUAUCUGAUGAAGUAAGAAAAAAAUGUCCCCUUCGGCAUUUGCAUAGCGUGAGCAUCGAAGAAUUUGGAAGUAUAGGCAGUUCAAAUAAUCAUGGUCCCCCUCUGAAACUGUUUGUUGUGUUAACUGGGAUGGGGGAAAUAAGGCAUGCUCGUAUGAAAGCGUACUUGGCGGAAGACCUGAGUGAACAAUUGGAUGAGACAGCGUUUUUUCUGGGAGAAAAUCCAAUGAAGCCCGAGAAACAAAUCAAUUUGGAUAAAGAGGUCAUAACUAGGAUUCAAGCUUGGAUAGCAAAUGGCCUACCAAAAGAUGAUAAGUCCGCUUCACUCUCGUCAAUUCCCUUGAAAGGAAACGUUAUCCUCAAACCUCCUCAACUAAACCCGGAAGUUGAAACGGACAUCGGACCAAAUGCCCUCUCGAAGGAUAAUCAACUUCAGAGCAUACCAAAUUUUAGCGAAUUUUACAACCAUGGAAAAGAUAUCAAAGGAUCUACGCUUAAAGCCAAUGAAAAACUUCAACUAGAACCAACCGAGAUUCAAUCAACCUUUACGUCAGUUAAACGGGAGAAUCUCCGCCAUCAGAAGGGAGAAACUAAGUGGCAAAGAGAUAUUACUCUGAAACACAACCCCAAAGAUUGUACAAGAUUAAACAUAAAUAAUGAGAACAACGUGCUGCUCAAUCCGGAAGUGCUCAAGGACUCGCUGACGCAGACUCUCAUCCUCGCAGUCUUGGCGACUCUUGUCAAGCAUUCCACCAGUGAAGACCAGGCGAGAAUCUUGUACGAGUACCUUGCUGAGUCUUCGUUUGUUUUUGAAAACGUUUUUCCGGUCAUUUACAAUUUUUUGGACCAAAAAAUUUCCAACAUUGUGUCGUUAAGUCAUGACCAAAGGACGCUUAACGCUGUGCAGACAAUCAUUCUGAAUGGCAUCGCUUGCGAGGACACCAGCAACACGCAGCUUCACUCCCUGCAACAUUACAAUUUAAGCGGUCUCUGGAGAUUUUCCGGAUCUUACACUAACAGCAACAGUAGCCCCGAGAAUGCCCAGCACUUUUUGGAUCUUUUUAAAGCAAUGAAGCAUCUCAUCUGGAAAAACCAUUCUAGUAAAACCACAUGUAUCUCAGAUUCAACGAGGAUGCAGCAGAGCGAUGCUUCCGAAGCGAGCAACUUUAAUGUGACCUCCGACCAGAAAGAUCUGCUGCUAGAAGAACAACUUGGCAAACCUGAUAACAUGGCGAGCUUAGACAAUGGAAAUUAGCAACUCUAGAAAUUUGUCAAUUGAAUUGGUACUGGCCAAAAUUUCUCGGCCUGUGGCCAUAGUCAACCACCACAAAUUCGACUGAGAUCAUUGGGAAUGUUACCAUCUUGCUCCUGCUGUUACAUGUCUAAUCAACUGAAUCCAGUACCGUCCAAUUUGCAUAAUUAAUGGUGCAUCUGUUACGUUGAAACAUAAAAAAUCGAUUGUAAUUGCACGUAUGCAUUAUACACCUACACUAUUGUUAAAUGCGUAUCAU